AGCUCUAGCACUUUCACCGCACAAUCGCGCUGCUGGUGCAGCUGCUUCAGCAGCUUCAUUGCAAGACAAGCGUUCGUCGAAGCCGAAAAGGAAGAGCGGUUCAUCUAACCUGCUGGCUGCAUCAAGCCCUGCGGGCGCCGCAGCAGCAUCUCCUCACCUCCCAGCAGCGAACGCUUCUGUUCUGCUGGAUGAUUUUCCAGCUGCAAAUGAUGAAAUCGGUUCUCUCGCGUCACUGCCCUCAACGAUUUCCUCGUCAACCGCGUCUAAAGGGACAACUCUGAGAACUAGAAAGAGUACAAAAGCCGGCUCCUUUGCGCGACGCAGAUCUGUUGGGGCGCCGGGCUCUACCAGUGGGACGACGAGGGUGUCGCGGAACAUCAAGGUGACAAGUCACAAGAAAAUAAGCCUUGGCGCAGGAGGACACAACACUUGUUCUACUACGCAAUUCAAUCACGACGUACUCCAUCCAAGUAAGCACCGUACGACAACCUCCAGGAGCUCCACAGGAGCGGCGGAAGUUUUGACGUUGAGUCAAGCUCCGGCGGCGCCGGGUGGAACGACCAGUUCUCCGCCAGGCUCCAUCUCCUCGUCCUCGAAGGGCACAGUGGUCAGCUGCAGCACGGGCGGAUCUCCGGAGGUUGAUGAUAAUGUGAUGGCCACGGAUCGUGGAGUUGACCACCGGCAACAACUGACUGCGGCCUGCCGGUCAUCUAGGGGUACUAGAACCACUGC